GCUGCACGUAGGAAGUUCAUCACAGAUUCGGCCAAGAUCGUCGCCCAUUCAUUUGUUAUUUCCCUUGUAGUAUUUUUGUUCCUCUUCGCAUUAGCCCUGGUCAGAACACACCCACGAUUUGAAUCUGCAAUUCUCUUGGCUGUUUGAACUUUCCUUCGCGGACGGCAUUCAGAGUUCCGUUCGAACGCUACAUCGUCCUUAGUGCUUUCUUGGAAUGCGUCUCGCCUACCUCUGCAAGGUUUCGCGUGGCUUUCUCGAUAAUGCCCUCCAGACUUGAGAGGUGAUCUUCACGUCCUGCUAUCUCAGGCAUCCAAAUCGUCGUGUUCCACCACGCGAUUCGCGACAUCAACAUCAAGAUGGAUACCGUAUCGACUCUGGGGAAUCAAAAGGCCCAGAAUGACUUUGCCAGUGUAUCAGGUCCCCAACAGAGACCUGGAAAGGUAUACGAGUUCCCUAGCCAGGCCUUCCGUCGGCUGGCUGGACUCAAUCCCUUCAAGACAACAUAUUUCAGUCUGUACGAUUCUUUAGAUUCGAUAUUUGACAGGGCCGUAGCAUGGUCCGGAGUUCUCUUCGCAAUCGCGGCCGGCGUGCCUCUACCUCUAAUCGGAUUGAUCUUUGGCAAGAUCAUCAAUCAAUUUCCGCCCACCGAAGCCGACAUUGAAACGAGGAUAACACAAUUAAUCGGAGUCGCCAUCGCAUACUUUGGCGUGACCGCUUUGUACGCGACCGCCUUCGGUAUAACGAGCGAAAAGGUCUCUGUUCGACUACGGGAGAGAUUACUCAAUUGCCUGCUCCAUCUCGAUCAAGCAUACCUCGACACCCACGACCUUGAUGUCAAUUCCCUCAUUUCCGAGAAGAUCGAUGUCAUCCAAGCUGGAACGUCCGAGAAGGUCGGCAUCUUCAUCCAAUCCAUGUCCUACUUCGUAGCCGCCUUUACCGUCGGCUUCAUCCUAGACGCGAGAUUGACCGGAAUCCUUCUGGCGUCUGCAAUUCCCGCUAUCUCGUUGGCAUUCUUCCUGCUUUCUCCCCUGAUCACCAAAUUCAGCCGCGCGACCGCCGCUAAAAAUGAGGAAGCGAACAGCAUCGUGGAGAACUCCCUACGCGCAGUCCGUGUCGUGCAAGCGUAUGACAUGAUUGCGGCGAUCUGCAAACAGCACUCCAUCUGUGUGGGCGAGUCCUCCAAGCUCGCCGUCAAAAAGGCCAUGAUGUCUGCGUUGCAGACCGGUCUGAUUUUCUUCAUCGCAUACUCGGCCAACGGUCUUGCCUUCUUCCUUGGGAGCCAGCAGCUCGAUGGAGGAAACGCUGGUACUGUCUACGCCGUCGUCUUUCUUAUCAUUGACGCCUCAUUCGUCGUGGGCCAAUUCGCGCCUUUCCUGGAAAUUUUCACGCGCGCUGCUGCAGCUAGGAGCGAUAUUCAGGACCUAUUCGACGCGCAGACUGCAUCCACCAGUGCGGGCGUGAGCACCCGGUCGAAUUUGAAGCCUGACCUUCGAGGACGCGACGUCCACUUUCAGAACAUUCAAUUUUCCUACCCUGCGCGUCCCGCCGUCAAGGCACUGAACAAUCUGUCCCUCUCGUUGAAGGCGGGCAAAUUCACUGCGUUGGUCGGAACGUCCGGAGGUGGCAAGUCAACCAUGGUCUCGCUUCUUCUUGGUGCAUAUGAUUUCGAAGGAUCGAUUAUGAUUGGCGAAGAUGAGCUUCGUUCAAUCGAUGGCUUACACCGUCGUUCUCAGUUCGCCGUCCUCGAACAGGAAUGUAUUCUCUUCUCGGGGACUGUUUUCGAAAAUAUCUGCCAUGGUCUUAUUGGUCAAGAUCUCAGCGAAGAAGAGAAGAGGGUUCGUUGCGACGAAGCCGUCAAGGAUGCUGCAGUCGACUUCCUUCAUCUCCUUCCGGAUGGCCUCAACACACGCAUCAGCAACGAGGUCCAACUUUCAGGUGGCCAAAAACAGAGAAUCUGUCUCGCUCGUGCCUUGAUCAAGAAACCCGCGCUUCUAAUCCUCGAUGAGCCCACCAGUGCUCUCGAUGCGAGAAGUGAAGUCCUGGUCAUGGAUUCCGUCAAAAAGGCCACAGCGGCCGGAACCACCGUCAUUAUGGUCGCCCACCGUCUUUCCACCGUCCUCGACGCCGACCACAUCAUUGUCAUGGGAGAAGGCCGAGUUCUUGAGGAAGGCACGCCCGAGGAACUUUCCCAGUCCCCUUCGGUCUUCAGCAAACUGCUCAAGACGCAAAACACAAACUUCAUGUCCCGCAACCCGUCCCUCGAGUCGACGGAAACACUGUUCACAAAGUCGAGCGAGAUUGAGAAUGAAUUGGACACAAAGCUCCAGAAGAUCGCAAGCGCCCCUGAUGCUGAUCUUGAGGAGCAGAAAGUCGCUCCGCCGAUGGGUCUGUGGACUCUCACACGGCGUAUUGGAGCGAUGAUCAAGCCUCAGUUUUGGAUCGUGCUCAUCGGUAUCCUAGGUUCAAUCGCCGCAGGAGGUAUCUUACUCGGCGAAUCAGUCAUUUUUGGAAGCUUGGUCGAGCUACUGAAUGAGGUCUCGACCACUGUGGAUCGCAACCGUACCGACUUCUACUGCCUAUUGUUCUUUAUUUUGGGAUGCAUCGCCUUCGUGGCAUAUAUCAGCAGUGGUACGGCAUUCGGUGUGACAUCUACAAAGCUCACCUCGUCCAUCCGAGUGCGGACGCUUCAUCGCCUGCUGCAUCUUGACAUCUCGUGGUUCUCGCAGCAGGACCACUCCGUUCACGACCUCAUGGCCGCUUUCACCAAGGACCCAGGUGAUCUUUCCAGCCUCUCAGGAAUCGCUUUGGGAACCAUCUUCACUGUUAUCACAUCCGUUUUCGGUGGUAUCAUCCUCGCCCACGUCGUGGCCUGGAAGAUUGCAAUUGUACUGCUCGCUGCCGUUCCCAUCAUGGUGGUCGCCGGCUUUCUUCGGCUCCGCACAUUGACGCUCUCUGAGAUCCGUCACCGGGAAGCAUACAAAGGUGCCAACACGCUUGCCGCCGAGGCAUGUCGAAGCCGUAAGACUGUUGCCGCCCUCGGAAUGGAGGAGAGACUCCUGGAGGACUACCGUGCCGCCUUGAACAAGCCUCUCAAGGCGAUUCGUCGUUUCACCAUCGUGUCCAGUUUCUUGCUCGCCUUCUGCUUGGCAAUUUCGUACUUCGUCUACGCUCUCGCAUAUUGGUGGGGUUCGAAACAGGUUCGCGAGGGUAACUACUCAACACGUCAAUUCUUCACUGUCCUUCCGGCUCUGUUGUUCUCUGCACAAGCUGCAGGACAACUCUUCAGUUUGAGCCCUGAAAUCGCCAGAGCCAAGACAGCAGCUCGAAGCAUCUUUUCACUGCUCGAAGCCAAGUCUACCAUUCUGGAAAUGGAUUGCGAUGGCGAGAAGACAGCAGUCGCCUCGAGUGCAUCGACUCUCCGCGAUGUCACGAUCAACGACAAAUCGAAAGCUUAUCCCAAAUUACAAUUCGAUUCCGUCAGCCUUUCUUAUCCCGGUAACCGGACCAAGAAGGCACUGAAGAAAAUUAACAUGUCCAUCAUGACCGGGCAAAGCGUGGCCUUCGUCGGCCCCUCCGGUGGAGGAAAAUCCUCCACCAUUGCCCUCAUCGAGCGCUUCUUCGACCCAACCGAGGGCACCGUCCUCCUCGACGGGAUCGACAUCCGCGAAAUGGACGUUCGCAACCUCCGCAAAACAAUGGGUCUGGUGGCCCAAGAACCCGACCUCUUCCCGGGCACAAUCUCCUACAACGUCUCCCUCGGCGCCGCUCCAGGCACCACCGUCACUCAGGACGCUAUCGAAGCCGCCUGCAGGAAGUGCGGCCUGCACGACUUCAUUAUCUCCCUCCCCGACGGCUACAACACCCCCUGCGGCUCCGGCGGAACCUCCAAGCUCUCCGGCGGGCAGAAACAGCGUCUUGCCAUCGCCCGCGCGCUCGUCCGCGACCCACCCAUCCUCCUCCUCGACGAACCCACCAGCGCGCUCGACGCCCACAGCGAAGCUCACGUGCAAGCUGCAUUGACGGAGGCCGCCAGGGGCCGAACUACGAUCAUCGUCGCGCAUCGCCUCGCGAGCGUGACGAGGGCAGAUCGCAUUUUCGUGUUCGAUGAGGGCAGGGUCAUCGCGGGAGGCACGCAUCAGCAACUCAUGCAAAAAUGUGGUCUCUAUGCGGGCAUGGCUAAGGCGCAGUCGUUGGCAUGAUCUGCGAGAUCUGCUGUUGAGCGCACGACUCCUCUGGGCGGUUUUCUCUUGGGACUUUCACUUCUACAUACAGCGGGCGUGGCAUAAUUGAUUUUUUUUCUCUUCAUUUCAUUAACGCGUUCAAACGUUCUUGCUGCAUUUUCGAUUUACACAUUUUACUCCACUGAUUUCCCCAGCUGAAUAAACACAUGCCGACCCAUCCGUAGACAAUUUUGGUCAUUGGGACAAUGUCGUCGACGCGACGCGUACAUCUUCAAUUUAGGCUCCUCGCGGAAGCUACAGUAUGGGUAACGAAUGAACUAUUUCACAGAUCU